AUGCCUUCCACCACGAAGCCUGAUCAAGAUGCCCUCGCCUAUCGCGGCCAGCCUCUUCCCAACGUUCUCGAAGAUCAAGUCGUCCCCGAUGUCCUAAGUCUUGACUGCGAUGAGCGUCUAUGGGUCCCUCAGUCCGAUCGGGUCUGGUUUCGACCUUUGCUCUUUUCCGUCAGUCAAGGCUAUUUUGUCAAUAUUCUCAGAGUCCGCAAAUCUGGCAUACUCUCACGACAUCGCCAUGCUGGUCCUGUGCAUGCCACAGGCAGUUACGCCUUUGAACCUCCGGGUGAUAUCCAUACCUUAGAAGUCCCUGAUGAUGUGGAGGAAAUGGUUACAAUGUUUCAUGUUACUGGUGCUUACAUCUAUGUUGACGUUGAUGGCAACCCUGUUGGCGUGGAGGAUGUUUUUAGCAAGAUUCAGAAAGCCAAGGAACAUUACGAGAAAGUUGGGCUGGGAGCGGACUUUGUGAACCAAUUUAUUCGAUAG